UUACAACUUUUGACACAUUAUAUUUAUUUUCCGAUUAAUAUUUGCAACAGCUGUAAGUAUUUUUGUGCUUCUAGAAAUCAGCUGUUGCCAGCUUCGGGGAGGGCUCGAUGCAGUUUUGACACAAUGAGCAAGUCAGCGGUGGUGACCAAAAACAAAACAAAGGAAGAACGUCGCCAUUCCGCGUUGGAUAGCCACCAAAUCGCCACGGUCGCUGGUUGGGCGUAAGGGGGAUUCGCGUUGGCGUGGUGGUUCAUUUUGCAUGAUACAUAAUUGUGUUUGACUUGAAACGUCAAAUAAAUAUACAGGUCUUGUGGUAACAGUGCUCAAGACAAGAGAAAGUCACUGCAGUUUCUCAUCAUCAUCGGACUUGGCAUUUAUCUGCAAUUCAAGUUCGCUUGACCCGUCACUCUCGAGAUUAUUCUCGCUGGAGUUGCAUCGGUCUGCUUGUGCGGUUCUACCAAAUCGGCCAUGAAAAGUAUUUCAUUGGUGUUCUUUUUCUUGGCUCUUGGUGCGUCGCCAGUAUUGUGCCAGGAUGCUGCUGCUGCCGAGGACGGUGCUGCAGGAGUAGCUGUGGCACCCAAUCCUGCUCCUCUCCCAGAUGAGCCUGCAGCUUCCAGGUCCUCUGAUGCUGAACCUGAUGUCCCUGCUGUUGAGCCUGAGGCUCCAGCUGAACCCGCGGCUCCAGUAACUGAUCCCCCAGCCCCUCCCACCUCUGCCCCUGAUACCCCAGCUGAUCCCACCGAUCCAGUCAUGACCACCUCAGCUCCUGAUACCACCACCUCUGCUCCUGAUACCACCACCACUACUACUACUACCACAACCACUACGACCACAGUGGCUCCCACACCACCCGCCCCUGAGCAGGGCUUGUGGACGGUCCGGGACGAUACUGGAUCGUCCAUCUGCGUGCUGGCUCAGAUGGCCACACAGAUGAAGGUCCCCUACCUGAGCUCCACCAACAAGACCCUGACUGCGGUCAUCAACGUGCCGGCCAACGCCAGCUCGGAGGGCUCCUGCGCGGGCGGCGAGUACAUCCGCGUGUUCUGGCCCGAGGGCGUGGCAAGCGAGAAGGCUAACUUCCUGAUGGUGGCGUUUGCGGCCAACCGCACGGCGGGUCGCUACAGCGUGGACACCAUCACCGCGCGGCUGCUGAUGGACGAUGACAACUUCCCCGACCACGCCGAGGACGUCCCCGCGCUGCACCUGCGUGUCAACUUCUCCGAGCCCAUCUCGCUGUCCAAUAAGACCAGCUACCGGUGCAUGAGCAAGCAGCCGUUCCAGCUGCUGGUUGAUGACGGCAGCUCGGGCGAGGACGGCAGCGCGGGCGAGCUGCUGAUGCUGGAGACCCAGCUGGAGGCCUACCGCACCGCCAACACCACCAAGUUCUCCACACCACUGGUGUGCUCUGCCGACCACCGGGCCACCUCUGACGUCGUGCCCAUCGCCGUCGGCGUGGCUCUGGCCUCGCUCGUGGUCAUCAUUCUGAUCGCCUACAUCGUGGGACGCCGGCGCGCCCGCCAGAGGGGAUACCAGAGCGUCUAAAGAGCACCAGAAGACGGACUCGUGGACGACGCGCCGCCUGUCCCAUCACCUCCAGGUGUGAAGUCUAUCUGGAGGGCUAAAACGACCAUGUCCUGUUGCGACCAUCAGUGCGAUCAGAUUACUCCAUGGUGACUUGUGCUAUGUCAAGACAUCGGUGGGUCUAGGCCUUCUUCAGCACACCUCUUCAAUCGGUUUGGUCUCCAUCUGGUGGUGACACUACAGACGCGUCUGGGAUCGUCUUGAUGCGACUGUGGUGGUGCAUGUGUCAGUGGUGGGAGGGGCGGAUGCCGUCGCGUGGUUCAUGCGGUGUGCUGUCGGUUGGAACAUUUGAAACAUUGUGAGUAGGAGCGCCGCGUCGCCGCUCUGGGGUGGGUGGGUAUCUGAAAGGAGUGGGAGGGAUGUCAUGAUCAGCAGAAGAUGUGAGGAGCAGUUGAGAGGGCGGCAGUGCGCGGUUGCGUUGUGGCGAAUGGUUGUCAAUGCGUGUGUGAAUCGAGGUUUUCUGGCUGAGAUCUAGAUGGUCGCUGAUCAGCAUGUCAUCCAUGUGCAGGUCUCAUGCCGUCUCGCGUGUCGGAAGUAAGUGUGGCUAUUUUCUAAUGGGGUCCUCUAACUUCUCCCCGUCUUAAAGUAUUCGAUUAGUUUCCGGCUUGAGAGUGUCUUAUGAAUAUCAUUAUUCUGUCGGCGACGGCGGAGUGGCAGUGCUGAACGUCCUGCGCAUGCGCCGACAGCAGAGAGUGCUUUCAGCGGUUAGCGCGCCUGUCUGUCACGUUGCGUCAGCGUUUGUGUAUCCAGGGGUCGGGAGGGACGCGUGCUUAGCAACCGGUCAAUACAGAGACUUCUCGGGACGGUAGAGGAUGGUAGAAAUGGUAGAUACCCGGUAGAUUGUGAGCCGUCAGCAGAAGGCCACAGAAUGGCGGUCAUACAGUGAGGUAUCCCCGAUUGGUGGGGUAGUUUCGAGAAGUUCCGUUUUGUUGUCUGUAGAGCGUGCCCAUGUCGGUGUUAGGUAUUAUUCGGAGAUUUUCCAGGCGUCCCGUGGCAAUUUUCUCAUUAAGAACGCCAUUGUAAUGUAUACCUUGUGCUAGGACUUGGCGCACUAGCCCAUCCCAUGGUAUAUAUGUAGACGAUGACAUUUAUGAUCAACAGUGAGUAACAACAGCACAUGUAUAAACAAACAUACUUAUAAUAGACGUUUUCUGCUGGUUGAAAUUCUAAAUUCUGAACAAGCUGGAACUAUUCAAAUACAUGAGUUGUUGUUACUCAUUGUCCCAUUUACCUGCGCGGCAUAUAUUUCAGCGUAUCGUAGACGAGGAAUACCUUGAUAUAAGCGUUUGCCUUUUGAAUUUCUCACGUUCGUUCUGUUCCUUUGGAUAUUCUUCUAUUGCACGGCGAUACUGAUACAUGUACUGGGGCUGAGGGCUCGUCCGCAUACCUGUAACCUAGAUAAGUGCAAGUCGUGCAAGGAUUAUAAAUAAACAGAUACCGUCAA